UGUACUUCCGGUGUCUCCAUGCACAUGUGGUAAACAAGCGAACGCUUCCCGGGGCUGCGCGAGCAUGGACUCCUCAAUAAAGUGGGACGAUUUGCCCAAAGCUCCGAGUCUGAAGAACCUGACGGAGGGCGGGUUCGGGGCCCUGAAGGCGUCUCAGCACGCCGCCGUCCAGGGCCUCACGAAGGCCCACAUCGAGUCCUUCGACCAGGCUGUCACGGACGGGCUGAGCCGGGUGGUGCAGGCCAUCCCUCCCUUGGAGUUCGCAUUCAAAGAAGACCGCUUCAGCCUGGCGUUCGUGGAGGCCGCCGUCUACAAGCCGGUGGUGGCCAAAGGGAGCAUCUGCCGGGAGAUGAAGGUGUACCCGGCCGAGUGCCGGGGGAGGAAAUGUACAUACAAGGGGAAGAUAGUGGCAGAUGUCAGCUGGUCGAUCAACGGAGUCCCUAAAGGCAUCAUCAAGCAGUCCCUGGGUCAGGUGCCGAUUAUGGUGAAAUCCAAAAUGUGCAACCUGCAAGGCAUGUCGCCCACAGAGCUUGUGAAGCACCACGAGGAGGCGGAGGAAAUGGGAGGCUACUUCAUCGUGAAUGGAAACGAGAAGGUUAUCCGCAUGCUGAUCAUGCCGAGAAGAAACUAUCCGAUCGCCAUGUCCAGACCAAAGUGGAAGAGCAGGGGCCAGGGGUACACUCAGUAUGGUAUCUCCAUCCGCUGCGUGAAGGAGGAGCACACGGCCAUCAACAUGAACCUCCACUACCUGGACAACGGCACCGUGAUGCUGAACUUCAUCUACCACAAAGAGAUGUUCUUCCUGCCCCUCGGCUUCGCACUCAAGGCUCUGGUGGACUUCACAGAUUUCCAGAUCUACCAGGAGCUGAUCAAAGGCCGCGAGGAGAACUCGUUCUACAGAAGCUGUGCGUCGGAGAUGCUGCGCCUCGUCAUGGAGGAGGGCUGCGUCACGCGCAGCAAGGUGCUCGACUACUUCGGGGAGCGCUUCCGUGUCAAGCUCAGCCUCCCCGAGUGGUACACCAACGAGCAGUGCGCCAAGUUCCUGAUAGAAGAGUGCAUCUGCAUCCACCUGAAGUCUGACGUGGAGAAGUUCCACCUGCUGUGCCUGAUGACCAGGAAGCUGUUCAGCUUCGCCAAGCAGGAGUGCAUGGAGGAGAACCCCGACAGCAUCACCUGCCAGGAGGUGCUCACGCCCGGGCAGCUCUACCUCAUGUUCAUGAAGGAGCGGAUGUCGGCCUGGCUGAUGUCUGUGAAGCUCUCCUUUGACAAGAGGGGCAGCCGCCUGGCCGGAGGAUGGAACGCAGAGAACGUGAUGAAGAUCUUCAACAUGGGCACCGACCUCACCAAACCCUUUGAGUACCUGCUGGCCACGGGGAACCUCGCCUCCAAGACCGGCCUCGGCAUGUUGCAGAACACGGGCCUGUGCGUCGUCGCCGACAAGCUCAACUUCAUCCGCUACCUGUCCCACUUCCGCUGCGUGCACAGGGGGGCGGCGUUCGCCAAGAUGAGGACCACGUCCGUCCGUAAGCUGCUGCCCGAGUCCUGGGGCUUCAUGUGUCCCGUGCACACCCCGGACGGAGACCCCUGUGGACUCAUGAACCACAUGACGGCCAUCUGUGAGAUCGUGACCUCCAGCGUGAGCACCACGUCGCUGCCCGCGCUGCUCUGUUCCCUCGGCGUCACUCCAGUGGACGCAUCUCCCGGCCAAGCCUUUACCAACUGCUACCCCGUGAUCCUGGACGGGGCCGUGGUGGGCUGGGUGGAGACCGAAUUGGCCUCGGUCGUGGUCGACUCCCUGCGUCGGUUCAAGGUGCUGAAAGAGAAGCGGAUCCCUCCCUGGACGGAGAUCAUCCUGGUUCCCAAAACGGGGAAGGCCAGCUUGUACCCCGGCCUGUUCCUCUUCACCACCCCCUGCCGGAUGAUGCGGCCCGUACGCAACCUGGCACUGGGCCAGCAGGAGUUGAUCGGCACCUUUGAACAACUCUAUGUCAAUGUGGGCAUCGUGGAGGACGAGAUCGAGCCGGGCGUGACCACGCACCAGGAGCUCUUCCCCCACAGCAUGCUCAGCGUGGUGGCCAACUUCAUCCCCUAUUCGGACCACAACCAGAGUCCGAGGAACAUGUACCAGUGUCAGAUGAGUAAGCAGACGAUGGGGUUCCCCCUGCACUCCUUCAUGGACCGCUCGGACAACAAGCUGUACCGGCUCCAGACCCCGCAGACCCCGCUGGUCAGGCCCUACAUGUACGACCACUACAACCUGGACAACUACCCCAGCGGCACCAACGCCAUCGUGGCCGUCAUCUCCUACACGGGCUACGACAUGGAGGAUGCCAUGAUUGUGAACAAGUCCUCGUGGGAGAGAGGCUUCGCCCACGGGUGCAUCCUCAAGGCCGAGCUGGUGGACCUGGCAGAAAAGGUGCGGGGGCAAGACAGCGUGGUGUUUGGGACGAAGCCCGGCGACCCGCAGACGCUCGGGAAGCUGGACGACGACGGGCUCCCGCACAUCGGAUCCACGCUCCAGUACGGAGACCCGUUCUACAGCUACAUCAACCUGAACACGGGCCAGGCCGUCGUCAACUUCUACAAGAGCCAGGAGGCCUGCGUCGUGGACAACAUCAAGAUCUGCAGCAACGACACGGGAACGGGCCAGUUCAAGCGCGUCUGCAUCACCGUGCGCGUGCCGAGGAACCCGACCAUCGGCGACAAGUUCGCCAGCCGCCACGGCCAGAAGGGCAUCCUGAGCCGCCUGUGGCCCGCCGAGGACAUGCCCUUCACCGAGAGCGGCAUGGCGCCCGACAUCCUGUUCAACCCCCACGGCUUCCCCUCGCGCAUGACCAUCGGGAUGCUCAUCGAGAGCAUGGCCGGCAAGUCCGGCGCCCUCCACGGGCUGAGCCACGACGCCACGCCCUUCACCUUCUCCGAGGAGAGCUCCGCGCUCGAGUACUUCGGCGAGAUGCUGCGGGCGGGCGGCUACAACUACUACGGCACGGAGCGGCUGUACAGCGGCGUGAGCGGCCAGGAGCUGGAGGCCGACAUCUUCAUCGGCGUCGUCUACUACCAGCGGCUGCGUCACAUGGUCUCCGACAAGUUCCAGGUGAGGACGACCGGCGCCAGAGACAAGGUGACCAACCAGCCGGUCGGCGGCAGGAACAUUCAGGGCGGGAUCCGCUUCGGGGAGAUGGAGCGCGACGCCCUGCUCGCCCACGGCUCCUCCUUCCUGCUGCAGGACCGCCUCUUCAACUGCUCCGACCGCUCGGUGACGCAGGUGUGCGUGGACUGCGGCAGCCUGAUCUCGCCGCUGUUGGAGAAGCCGCCGCCCUAUUGGUCGGCGCUGCGCCACCGCAAGACCGUCUGCCUGCUGUGCGGCAAGAGCGACGGCAUCGACUCGGUGUCCGUGCCGUACGUGUUCCGCUACUUCGUGGCCGAGCUGGCGGCGAUGAACAUCAAAGUGAAACUGGAUGUGAAGUGAGUUCACCGGUUAAAAGAUAAACACGGGACACAUCUGUGUUUUUAUUCAAGGAAGAAGUGUGUUUGGCAUUUAGAGAAAUCUAUUGGCGGACAUGGAAUAUAAUAGAAGUGUUUCUUUUAAAUAAGAGUCCAUGAACGGUUUACAGCGGCGUGCAUCUUCACUGCCGGCACCACGGAUCUACAGGAGCCCACGAGGGACAAACCGUUCUGGGUCAGCUGGAUGACGUUGAAUCCUAUUGGUCGUUAUGUCGCUGCAGAGAAAUGCCAAAAGAAUGUAAACAACCAGCUUCAUGAGUUCACCUCCGCCGAUAGUUUUUUAUUAGCCAAAACUUUGAGGAAACAUCAAAGUUGCAUCAUAUGAUGGACUGAAUGUGUUUUGUAUAUAAUAACCGCCGGUCUUUAUGUACAUUCAGAGUGUUGAAUAAAAGUUAUGCUGCACCAAGAA